CUAUGUUGUCAACCAUCAAAUUGCAAUGGGUUCCUAACCCGUAGCUGACGUAUUUUAUAUUUAUAUGAAAUAUAAGUUGUACAGAUUUAAAAUUUAAGUGAAUUAGCUGUGUUUGUUUUUAUCUAAUAUUAUUUAAUAUAGUUCAUGAUUAAGAAAUAAUGUCCUUCGAGUACUUGCCCGUGGCCGAAGACGAAAAUGAAGAACCCAUAGAACUUCCAAUCGAAGAAGAUGGAACGUUGAUGUUAACAACAGUGUCUGCGCAAUUUCCUGGAUGUUGUGGUCUUAAAUAUCGGCAUCCUGAGACUAAAACAUUUAGAGGUAUCAGGUUAAGAGAUGGCAGAUUGUACCCUCCUCCAGAAGGUUGGGGUAAUUACUUGUACAUCUGUAGCUUUCCGAAGGAAAAUAAACGAAAAUCGGGUGAAAGUUCAGAAACUUCUUCAAUCAAAAGUAAACGAAAUGACAAUCUUUGCUCUGAUUUAAUAGUUUUGGGCUUGCCAUGGAAAGCUACUGAGCAAACUGUACGUGAGUACUUUGAAAAAUUUGGAGAAGUUUUAAUGGCACAAUUAAAGCGCGAUCCUAAAACUGGCAUGUCAAAAGGUUUUGCGUUCAUACGGUUUUCAUCUUACACAUCGCAAAUGAGAGUAUUAGCACAGAGACAUAUGAUUGAUGGGCGCUGGUGUGAUGUACGGAUACCCAAUUCUAAAGAGGGUUCAGUAACAUCAAUGCCUUGCAAGGUUUUUGUUGGCCGUUGCACUGAAGACUUAACAGCUAAUGAUUUGAGAGAAUAUUUCUCACAGUUUGGUGAAGUUACCGAUGUUUUUAUUCCAAAGCCCUUUAGAGCAUUCAGUUUCAUUACUUUUUUGGAUCCUGAAGUCGCACAAAGUCUUUGUGGUCAAGACCACAUUAUAAAAGGAGUGUCUGUUAAUGUGUCAAAUGCAUCACCUAAACAAAAUAAAAGUGGAUCAAAUCAAAGAAACUUACCGAGCAGAAAUUAUGAAGAAGGACAUCCACAUAAUGCAUCUAAUAACAACUCUUGGAGUAGCCGUAAUAUGGACAUGGUUAACAUGCAAGCUUUAGGCCUAUCUGGACAACAUGGUCAGACUGCCGUUGCUGGAGGUGGAGGUCAAGGACAAGGAGGUAGUAUGCCCCUUGGCAUGGGUGGUUUACCAGUAAAUCAGGCACUAGUAGCAGCUGCAUUAAAUCAAGCAGCUGGUUGGGGUUUGAUUAACAAUAUACCAUCUGGAGGUUCAGAUCAAGGUGCCUUUGCAGGACCAGCAUCUUCAGCUCCACCUGCUCCCCCUAACUUUCUGUCAUGGAUGCAACAAGGUAAUUCUGCACAGGGGCCUUCUAGUCAGUGGGGACAAAGACAUCAAUCCCAAGGCCACUCCGUUUGAUCCAGUGUCUGAUUUGAUAAGCUCACAAUAAUCUCUGUGAUUGUAGCAAGAAUUAGAUAAUUAUUAUUUGUCAUUAUCUACAAAGCAAAUGGGUUGUUCUGUUGGUGAAGAGUGGUUUGCUAAUGAUGUUAUUAAUUUAUUAUGGAAUUGCUUGUGUUUUGUUGUUUUCUUGAUACUAUAACUGUUAAAACUGCAUAGGUAAAUCGUUGGAAACAUUGAAAACUGUAGGUAGUGUCUUUAUUUUGCAAUUAUUAGGUAAUCGUUUGUGUGCUUUUUAAUUUCAAGAAAUUUUACAUUUAACUUUGUUUAACCCACUAACUAAAAAAUUUGCAACAAUAGAAUGUUUUAAAAAUAUUGAAUUUGAGUGCAACUUCAUUUUGAAUUUAAAGAAAAGAAAAUAUUAAAAUAUCUUCAUGUUGUAUAGCAAUGAAAUAGAUAGAGUGAUUAUAAGUCUUAAUUUUUUCUUAUUAUUGUUGUUUAAUAUAUUUUUAGUUGCUGGGUUCUGGUUCAUUCCUGUCCUGUAAUUCGAAUAAUUUGAUUUUUUAUUUGGCACUUUCAUGGCUUUUGGAUAUGAUUAACUGAAGUUUGGUAUUUGGGACAGUUUUGUUAAAACUAAAAUUAAAAUUAUCUUUUAAAAAAUUUGUUGCUAUAUAUUGUAUGUUAUUUUGAGUCGCAUAUUCAAAAUAUUUAACAAUUUAUACAAAAGUAUAUGAGCUUGUUUUAUUCUACAUAUUAUACAUACAUUGGUGUUGUCAUAUUUUCUUACCCAACAUUUUAUAUAUCCCAAAAAUAAGUUGUACCUAUCAUAGAUUAAGUGUACUGUGCUUUGUACAUUAAUAGAUAUAUGUUUUUACAACAGACUGUUGAAGGUUCAUACUUGUAUAGUAAAUGAUAGAGCUCUAUUGAUUGUUAUCAUUGUUUAUCAAAUAAUGUUGAUUAUUAUAAAUUUAUUAUGUGUGUUUCCUCAGGAUAUGUGCAAAUUGAGGGUAAAUGUCUAUUUUUGACUAAAUAAAUGGCUAGAUAUUUUUGUGACUUAGCAAUGUGGAAUUGUUCAAAGAAUGGGUACCUAGCUGUAGAUAUACUGAAUCCACUGGCAAUAUGAUAAAGUGAAAAUAAUUGUAGAGAAGAUUGUAAUGAUGUUGGUACAAAUUUUAAGACUGUAAAUAAUUUCCAUAAAUUAUAUAAAAGAAAUAGAUUAUAACAUUACAAAUAUAUAUUUACAACUUGGUGAAAAUAUAAAACACAAGUAAAAAAAAAAGAACCUUAAAAUAAAAAAUAUAAA